AUGGCAGCAUUAGUAGGAGGGGGUAACCCCCAGGAAGCAGCAGCACAGAAGCACUUAGCUCCUCUCUCUUAUCCAAUUGCUGCUGCUGAUGAUUGUGCUGCUGCUGCACUGCCGCUGCUGCAGCGAGAUCUGCUGCUGGAGUGCUGCAGCGGCAGCCGCAAGGGAGAGAUAUAUGCACUGCAGCAAGAUAAACCACUUGCUGCUGCUGCUGCUGUUGUUGUUGCUGCUGAUCCAGCUGCCCCUGGGACCCAUGUAGCAAGCAGGCAUGCUGACGGGGGGCAGCAGCAGGAACAGCAGCAACAACAGCAACAGCAGCAAGAACAGCAGCAACAGCAACAGCAACAGGAGGAAGAUUCUACCCAUCAAGGGCAUCCGGAAGACAUAAUAUGGUUGGAGGUGCGCGAAGACAGGCCAACGCCGUUGGCCGUGUCUUGUGCUGCUGCUGCAGCAAACUACUCAGCAGCAGCAGCAGCAGCAGCAGGUAGCUGUGGCCCUCGUGCCCAGCGGCUGCAGCUGCAGGGUGGUCCCCCUUUGCUGCUAGAGAUGGAGGGACCAGACAGCAGCAGCAACAACAGCAGCAGCAGCAACAACAGCAGCGGCAGCAGCAGGGAUUUGCUGCUUGAAUUUUUAGAGGUGUAUGGACUGCAGCAUUUAGCUGCCGCAGUGCGCAGCAAACUGCAGCAGCUGCUGCAGCAGCGCGGUUGCUGCUGCAGCAGGGGAAGGUUGCAGCAGCUGCUAGGCAGCAGACCGAGGGUUCAGGGUGUACGGGCAGCAGCAGCAGCAGCAGCAGCAGCAGCAGCAAAUGCUGCUGCCCCUUUUCAUGAAGCAGCAGGUGAAGCAGCAUCAGAUGCUGCAGCAGCAGGUGUAGCAGCAGAUGCAGCAGCAGGUGCAGCAGCGACAGCAGCUGCAUCCCCACUGGUAGCCCCUAGCGGCAACAGCAGCUGCAGCAACAACAGCAGCAGCAGCAACAACAGCAGCAACGACAACAGCAACAAUCAUAGAAACAACAGCAACAGCAACAGCAACAACAGCAGCAUCAAGGGCAGCAGCAGCAACAGCAGCAGCAACAGCAGCAUAAGCACCGUUGCAUGUAGCCGCAGCAGCUGCUGCGAGGGGGACACAGCUUCCGAAGGAACCCCAGACUCUCACUCAGCAGCAGCAGCAACAGCAGCAGUAGCAACACCAGCAGCAGCAACAGCAGCAGCAGAAACAGCAGCAGCAGCAACAGCAGCAGCAGCAGCAACCGCAGCAGCAGCAACCGCAGCAGCGGUAGAGAGUCCUUCGAGUUCAAACGAUAGCCUGUCAACAGCCACGGCGACACCGGCUGUUGUUGCUGCUGCUGCUGUCGACGGGACAGCAGCAGCAGCAGCAGCAGCAGCAGAAGCAACGGCAGCAGCAGCAGAAGCAGCAACAGAAGCAGCAGCAACAGAAGCAUGCCCGAGCGUUGCAGACAACAACAGCUCCUCCGCAGAUGACAGCAACAGUAGCAGCAGCAGCAGCAGCAGGAUCCCGAGCAGCAGCAGCAGCAGCAGCAGCAGCAGCCCUUCCUUUAGAAAAGAAGACAACAGCAGCAGAGACACUAACAGCAGCAGCGGCAGCACAACUGUUGCUGCUGCAUGUACACCAGAAACAACGACGAGUCCCCUAGACAGCCCCGCAGGUCGCACAGAGGAUACACCGCUGAGCAGCAGCAGCAGCAACAGCAGUAGCAGCAGCAGCAACAGUAGCAGCAGCAGCAGCAGUAGUAGUAGCUGUUGCAGCUGGUGCAUGGCUCAUCCAUUGGAGUGUCUGUACAGCUUAGGCCCAGAGACAUUCUUUACGCCAUACAGGAGACGAUCCCCGCAGCAGCAGCAGCAGCAGCAGCAGCAGCAUGUGAUGCUGCUGCAGCACCGCCGCCAGCGGUUGCUGCUGCAGCAGCAGCAGAUGCAGCAGCAGCAGCAGAAGCUGAAUCCUAUAUGGCAGCAGCGUCUCCCCUAUAAUCGUCUUCCUCUGUUGCUUCCUCCUCUAACAACAACAACCCCACCUACCACCACCACCAGCAGCAGCAGCAGCAGCAGCAAUUUGCAGCAGCAGCAAGUGUCUCCUGGUGACUGGAUGAGGUGGCUAGUUGCAUGCAAAGAUCUUCAUUUCUUUUUGCCGUCAGACAGCCGCAGCAGGAGGCUACUAAUAAUGCAUGCAGACACAAGAGACACAAUUGCUGCUGUAUCUUGGCCAGGAGUUAUUGUUGCUGCUGCUGCUGCUGCAGGAGGUGCUGCAGGUGCAGCAGCAACAGCAGCAGGAACAGCAGCAACAGCAAACCCUGCUGCUGCACAGCAGCCAGGUGUAUGUAUCUCACCGUCAAUGUCAACAUUUCCUGUUACUAGGCCGCCGCUGCUGCUGCCCAAGCAGCUGCUGCUGCUGCAGCAGCAACGUGCAGCAGCAGCAGCAGCAAACACUGCAGCAACACAUACAACACCUGCAGCAGCACCGCAGAGUUACAGCAGCAGCCGCAGCAGCGUCCCUAUGCCUCUGACGUUCUCAUUUGCAGCGCCAGGAGCAGCAGCAGGAACAGCAGCAACGGCAGCAGCAGCAGGAACAGCAACAACAGCAACAACAGCACCAGCAGGACCGUUUGGCCGCAGAGUUGGCAGCAGCGCCAUCCGCAGCGGCAGGAACAGCUGCAGAGAGACAAGCAGCCGCAGCAACACGAGGGCAACUUGCAGCAGCAAUAGCUGGUGCAAGAACAGCAGCAGCAGCAGCAGCAGCACUUUGUGGGGCGAGCAGCGAACACUCAAAUCUCCCGUCGCCAGUACACGGCAGGAGACCUGGAUGCAGGCAAACCGACAAAGCAUGCAGCAGCAGCAGCAGCAGCAGCAACCGCAGCAGCAACAACAGCAGCAGCUGCAGCAACAGCAGCUGCAGCAACAGCAGCAGCAGCAGCAGCAGCUAAAAUGUCAAGAUGCGGAUUUGUGGGGCGUCUUGACAUCUCGUUCAGCUGAUAGCAAACAGGAACCUCAGCAGCAGCAGCAGCAGCAGCAGCAGCAGCAGCAGCAGCAGCAACAGCAGCAACAGCAGCAACAGCAGCCGGAGCAACACCAGAAAGAGCAGGCUGUUGGUGCUGUAUCUGGUGCUUCUGAUUGCAACAGCAGCAGCAGCAGCAGCAGCAGCAGCAGCAAAUUGGAGAGUUCUGUAGAGUGUAACGGACCGUGCCCUUCUGCUGCGGCUCUGCCAGCAGCUGCUGCCGCUGCUGCUGCAGUAGCUGGUGCAGCAGCAGCAGCAGAUGAGAACAAUUGGAGCCUGAAGCAGACGGCGGACAGCCAAUUAUUGGAUCAAUCUCCUUUGCGCUGCAGCGCAGCAGCAGCAGCAGCAGCUGCUGCUGCUGCUGCAGAAGCAGCAGCAACAAUAAAUAACGAACAGAAUGGGGGCGCCGCAGCACCAGCAGCAGCGAACACAGCUGCUGCUGCUGCUGCCACGACAGCUGCAGCUGCAGCAGCAGCACAACAUGAUGGGAACAUUGGAGCAGCACACACGCAGGAGGAAGUAAACGCAGCAGCAGCAGCAGCUGCUGCUGCUGCUGCUCUCGAGGGAAUGUCCUUAGGAGGGGGAGAAGCACCUACUGUAGCAGCAGCUGCUGCCGCUGCUGCUGCACUAUCGUCGCCAGCAGCAGCAGCAGCAGCAGCAACUGCUGAGGCAGCCCAGCAAACAGAGAAGCUGCAGCUGGGAGUUAUUGAAGCCCAUACGUCCGCCGCAGCAACAGCAGCACCUGCAUGCGCUGCUCCUGCUGCUGCAGCGGAGCAGCAGCAGGGAUUGCCGAGUGCCGGCGAGCUGCAGCAGGCGCAGCAUGCGAACAUUCCUCCUCAGUUGCCAGCAGCAGCAACAGCAGCAGCAGCAUCAACAGUACCAGCGACCCCAACAACAAGUCCAGUAGGACAACAAGCAGCCGACCCUGCAGCAACGGCUGCGGUUCUUUCUGCAGCAGCAGCAGCUGCUGCUGCUGCUGCUGCAAAUGCAACAGAAGAGGCAGCAGAGUGUGCAGCAGGAACCGCAGCAGCAGCACCCGCUGCUGACUUCCUUGACUCGGAGCAGCAUGUUGGUGCCGCCGCAGCAGCAGCAGCUGCUGCUGCUGCUGCAGGCGUCUCCCCGAUGUCGAGCCCUUUGUCUCCGCUUCCUGCUGCAGUGGACAUUCGAGCAGCAGACGCAGCAGCAGACACAGCAGCAGAAACAGCAGCAGGAACAGCAGCAGAUCAUUCUUCCCUUGCUUCUUCCCUUGCUGCUGCUCCCUCCGAUUCCCCCCAUCCCCCUACUGUACUGUCUCUUGCUGCUGCUGCUGCAGCAGUCCCGCUGCAGCCUGAUUCUUUGGGUGCAGCUACUGCAGCAGCAACAGCAGCAGCAACAACAACAACAGCAACAACACCAGCAGCAGCAGAAACCCGUACGUGGGCCUCCGGUUUCUUUGCUUCUGCUUCUCCUGAGCGCCCUGUGCUUGACGCAGCAGCAGCGCCAUCCGAGGCAGCAGCAGCAACAGCAGCAACAGCAACAGCAGCAGGAGCAGCAGCACCAAGUACAGGAGAGGGUAGCCCUCCUGCAUCUUUUCUAUCAUCUGCUGCUGUUGCUGCAGGCGAAGGGAGGCUGCUGCAGCUCUCUCCUGAGCAACGCAAUGCGCAGCAGCAGCAACAGCAGCAGCAGCAGCAGCAACAGCCACAAAGGAGAUCGCUCACUAGGGCUUUCCCGCCAGGUCUGCUUACGAGCCGCGUGCUGCCGGAGCCGCUGCUUCAGCAGCAGCAGCAGCAGCAGCAGCAGCAGCAGCAGCAGCAUUCGUUCCGAACUGUGCAGAUGGCAGGGGAACUUGCUGGUGCAGCAGAUGCAGCAGCAGCAGCAGCAGCAACGAGCAGAAGCAGCAGAUUUCUCCACCACACCUACUCCAGGAGUGACAGUAGUUGGAGCAGCAGCAGCAGCAGCAGCAGCAACGGCAGCAGCAGCAGCAGCAGCAGCAGCAGCGGCAAGCAGCAACUGCGUUUGGCAUGCCUUGGUGUCCGCGAAUUAAGGCGGCGUCUGGGCGUGGACGGCAGCAGCGGCGGCAGCAGCAGCAGUAGCAGCAGCAGUAGCAGCAGCAGCAGCAGCAGCAGCAGCGACAGCAGCAGUGAUGAGGAGGGAUCGGGAGAGAGAGGAAGCAGCAAGAAGCCUUGGGCUAUGCGUCUGCAUCAGACACGUCUGCUGCUGCAGCAGGAGCAGCAGCAGCAGCAGCAGCAGCAGCAGCACGCUGCAUGCAUAUCUAUUCCUGGCUCUUUCCCGUCUUUUUAUAUUGCCUUUAUGAAUGGUGUUUAUCAGAUCCGUUUACUGCAGCAACCGCCGCCGCAGCAGCAGCAAGUGCAGCAGCAACCGCAGCAGCAGCAGCAGCGGGACAUAGUAGGUAGAUGUUGGAGUUCUCCUGCUGCAGCAUCAUCAGCAGCAGCAGCAUCUGCUGCUGCAGCUGCAUCUCGCAGCAGCAAUGGUCUAUCAGAAGUGAAUUAUGUUGUAACACAUAAGACCAAUGUAUUUAACAGCAGCAGCAGCAGCAGCAGCAGCAGCAGCAUAAUAAACAGUAUAAGUGGCACGGAGAGCAGCAGCAGCAGUUGUUGCAGCAGCAGCAGCGUAUUGCUGCAGGUACCAAUAUGGUCUCCUCUUCCUGGUCGUAGUGGUGAUAUAUUGCAUGCAGGCAGCAGCAAAUGGAGUAUAUGCAGGUUUGCUGCUGCAGCAGCAAACAGCCAAGGUUGCCGUGCAGCAAUGGAGGAUAGGGAGACAAUAUUGGAUAGUUUGCUGCUGGGAUCGUCGAUCCCACCGAUCCCGGGAUCGAUCCCCGGAUGGAUCCCGAGCCCGACACCCACGAUCCCAACAACGAUCCCCGUCUCCUUCUUUGGUGUAUAUGAUGGUCAUGGUGAUCGUGAAUUCUGCUGCAACACGAGCAGCAGCAGCAGCAACAACAUCAACAACAACAUCAGCAGCAACAACAACAACAACAACAGCAGCAACAACAGCAGCAUAAGCAGCAGCAAGAGGGAUAAAUAUUAUAAAUAUAAUUGGUAUAAUUAUAAUUAUAUUCAUAAUAAUUAUAAUUAUAUUCAUAAUAAUUGUAAUUACAGCAGCAGCAGCAGCAGCAGCAGCAGCAACAGCAGCAACAGCAGCAGCAAACAGCUUGUUAUUGCUGAACCAGAGAUACGUAGUGUAUUAAUAAAAGAAGAAGAAGAUGAAUUCUUACUUAUUGCAUGCGAUGGUCUCUUUGAUGUUAUGACGACACAAGAAGCUGUCUCUUUUGUACGUAAUAAGCUGCACCAGCUACAGCAGCAGCAGCAGCAGCAGCAACAGCAGCAACAGGAAUUACGGGGGAAAAAAGGAAUCCAACAAGGGUGCUGCAGCAGUAUCCUGCUGCAGCAAGCUGCUGCUGCACUUGUUGCAGAAGCAAUCGAUGUUAGACGCAGCAGAGAUAAUGUUACUUGUCUUCUUGUUGAUCUAAGACCACCUAUACACCAGCAGCAGCAGCAGCAGCAGCAGCAGCAGCAGCAACAGCAGCAGCAGAGAAGGCAGCAGCAGCAACAGCAGCAGAGAAGGCAACAGCAGCAACGACAAGAAAGGAUACAACAGGAUGAGCAAUCUAAGGGAAAAGAAGAGCAGCAGAAACAGCAGCAACAGCAACAGCAACAGCAACAGCAGCAGCAGCAGCAGCAGAUUAGACGGAGAACGCAGCAAUUCGAGGAAAAAUACAAGCAGCAGCAACAAGAAAAGAAACAGCAACAACUCCAGCAACUGCAGCAACUGCAGCAACAAAACCAACACCAACAGCAAGAAAAGAAACAACAGCAGGAGCAGCAACGCGAGGAGCAACAGCAACCGCAGCAGCAGCGUGAGGAGCAACAGCAGCAGCAACGCGAGGAGCAGCAACGGGAGGAGCAACAGCAACAGCGGCAGCAACUGGAAGUGCAACAGCAACAGCAGCAGCAACGGGAGGAGGAGGAGCAGCAGCAGCAACAGCAGCAACAACAACAAGAGCAGCAGCAAAUGGAGGUGCAGCAGCAGCAGGAGCAGCAGCAGCAUCAUGAAGAGGAACAGCAACAACAGCAGUAA